AUGUCUGCUCCUGCAACCGAAAAUAAUUCUCUUUUAACCGAAAGCUGUGAUUCCUCAUAUGAAUUAAAGAAGGGGAAAAUUCAAUACUUUGAGUUAGUUCCCUACGAAAAGUGGUCUUUUGAACAUUUUACUUCCUGGGUGUUUGAUAAAUUCGGUCAAACGGAAAAUAAUGGGGUAUUUUAUAACGUUCUCUAUAUAAUUAGAGACGAUAUAAGUGCCUCAGAAAAAGUACAUGAUACUGUAAAAUGUUUGUUGAAUAGGAAAAAUAAUAAGAAGAGGGUUAAAGGCAAAUCACAUACUUUAACUGAUAUAACCAAUUCAGUUAAAACAGUUGAUAAUAUAAGUGAUGAUACUGAUCAUGAUCUGUUACGGGAAAAUGGUAUUCGGAGGCAAAGUAUGAAUGACACUUCACAAAGGUUGCUGAAAUCACAUUCCAUGCAUCAACGCUACAAUUCGGCUCCAAAUAGUUUUUCAAUUAACAUCGCCACAACAAAUACCAGUAUUUUCACAUCACCAAAUAACGAUAAUAACAAUACUAAUGAUAACAACAUAAGUACCAUGAACACGCGAUAUCUAAACUCUUCCAGUGCAACUGUUGUCAAGAAAAAUAAUGAAAAUAAUCGAAAAGUUAUUCAAAAACUGACUAACAUUGAGGGUUUAAUAAAAGAGCUACAAAAAUCAGAGAUAGCUAUAUCAAAUAUCAAAUGCAACGAAUGGGAAAAAAUUCAAAUGUCUACGGGUCUCAAGUUCGAGGCAAUCGACUUUAAUCUAGAAUAUGAAACAAAGAGUAAUGCAUUCCAAUGGGAUGAUAGACCAGAAAGAGAACAAAAAGAUAGGUAUAUACCUCAUCUUAGAAAGAUACUCCAAAUUUCCAAAUAUCGGAAACUUGAGAUAUAUGAUACGACUGGUCAUAGUAAUUUUCUUAGUAUGAGUACUGACAUCCUGCCAAUAAGACUCGUUGGUACUACAGUUGCAACUGUAGUAGACAGGUUUUCUAUUUCUUCUAGGAUCCCACAACAUCACAUUCGGAUCCUUUUUGAACUGAAGAAAUUCUUUAAUGACGGACAUUUGUAUCAAGCUUUGGCAGAAUUGACCGCAGGAGAUUUAAAAUCUAUACAUGCUGUUUUAGCCGUACUAACAGAUUUAAGAGAUGGUUGGCAGUUUUUUUAUUUUGGAGAUGAAAAGAUCGGGACAUUUACUCUUCCUAGGGAUAAAGCUGUGGCAUUAAUUCAAAUAAAUAUGAAAUCUGUGAAUCAAGAGUUAAACGAUGAAAUAGAAGUAAUGGAUCCAUUGCCGAAAAGGCGGAAGCUUUGA